AUGAAGUACUUGUUUUCUGUUCUCUCCUCCCCCCGUCUCUUUUCUUUCAAGGUUUGGUUCAAGAACCGACGCGCCAAGUGGCGGAAAAAGGAACGUCACCAACAGACGGAAGUUUGCAAAGGAGCCUUUGGGUCGCAGCUGAAUGGGUUGACCGGGAACCCUUAUGAAGACCUUUACCCCAGCUAUGCAUAUAACACCUGGACUCCCAAGGGGCUACACAGCAGCCCUAUCCAUGGCAAAGGCUUCCAGCUCUUCAACUCCAUCAACCUCAACUCUUUUGCGCCCCAGAACGUGUUCCCCACAGCCGCCGGACCUUCUCUGCCUGGAGUUCCGUCUCUGGAAAAUUUCAACAGUCUGGCAAGUGCUCCAGGGCACUCAGGUUCCAUGUAUGGGCCCGUCGCGCCUUCGCCCUACAUGUACAGGGACCCCUGCACCUCAGGCCUGGCGGGAUUGAGACUCAGAGCAAAACAGCCACAAUCCGCUCUUGGAGAAAAUGGUGGGACCUCUCGGGGAAAAUCUUCUGAUUCCAGCGGUGAAGAGGAAGCCAACACGGGUCAAAAGAAGCCUCGUAGGCAUCGAACCCAUUUCACCAGCCAGCAGCUGCAGGAACUGGAGGCUACGUUUCAGCGGAACCGCUACCCGGACAUGAGCACAAGGGAAGAGAUCGCAGGCUGGACCAAUCUGACCGAGCCAAGGAUAAGG